GUCGUCGGCCCGGCUGCGACGGGAGUGCCGCCCGUGGAUCAUGCGUUAAGGCGCACGGCCGGGCACCGCGGCCGCGCCACUCGCGCGCGGCGGGCCGCGAAGAUGAACUACCUGAACGUGCUGGCCAAGGCGCUGUAUGACAACGUGGCCGAGUCGCCGGAUGAGCUCUCCUUCCGCAAGGGCGACAUCAUGACGGUGCUGGAGCGCAACACGCAAGGCCUGGACGGCUGGUGGCUGUGCUCGCUGCACGGCCGGCAGGGCAUUGUCCCCGGCAACCGCCUCAAGAUCCUCGUCGGCAUGUACGACAAGAAGCAGCUGCCCGGCCCGGCGCAGGGCGGCCCGCCCCAGCCCUCGCUGCAGCCCUCGCCGCAGCCGCCGCCGCCGCUGCCCCCGCCAGUCGGACAGGCCCCGCCGGUGUAUCCCCCGCAGGCGGGCUACACCCCGCUCUCUCCCGCCUCCCAGUACACCUCCAUGCACCCCUCCUACCUGCCGCAAGAGGACGGCGUCUACCUGGUGCCCCCCCCCAGCAAGUCCCCAGGGAGCCUCCACCACGGCCCGUUCCAGUCUCCCCCGGGGAAGCAGCCCAGCGCCUACCCGAAGCAGAGCCCCCCGCAGGGCCAGGACGUGUACCAGGUGCCGGCCGGGCCUGCGACCGGCCCGCAGGACAUUUACCAGGUCCCCCCUGCCCCCACCGGGCUGGGCCAGGGCAUCUACCAAGUGCCUCCUUCCCUGGACGGCAGGGGCCGGGAGACGCCAAAGACCCACGGAAAGGUGGUGGUUCCCACGCGGGUGGGGCAGGUGUACGUCUACGACUCGCCCAAAGGCGAGCGGGGCGAAUAUGAUGUGCCCCGGCACCUCCAGGAGAUCUACGACGUGCCGCCGACACGGGGCCUGCUGCUGAACCAGGGCAGCCAGGAGGUGUACGACACCCCCGCCAUGGCAGCGAAGGGCCCCAAGAGCCGGGAGCCGAGCCACGACCAGGAGAUCUACGACGUGCCCCCCAGCGUGGAAAAGGGCCUGCAGGCGGUGUACGACACGCCCCCGUCCGUCGGCAAGGACGGCCCAGAGGGCCCGGCCCGGGAGGAGACGUACGACGUGCCCCCCGCCUUCUGCGCGGCCAAGCCCUUCGACCCCUCGCGGCACCCGCUCAUCCUGGCGCAGCCGGCGGGGCCGCCGCCGGAGCUGCGGCCGCCCGAGGACGUGUACGACGUGCCCCCGCCCGCCAGCCAGGGCGCCCCCGAGGGCCAGGAGAUCUACGACGUGCCGCCGGGGCUGCGGAAGCUGGCCGGCCAGGAGGUGUACGACGUGCCGCGGGAGCUGCCCGCGGGCCGCAAGGACGGCGGGGGCGACUACAUCUACGACGUGCCCCCCCAGGCGGACCGCGAGGGCCGGGCGGGCGAUGGCAAGCGGCUCUCGGCCUCCAGCACGGGCAGCGCCCGCUCCUGCUCCUCGCUGGACGCGGGGCCCGCCAAGGAGGCCGCCGAGAGGGGCCCGCGGCUGGAGCAGGAGGCCGCCAUGGAGGCGCUGGCCCGGCUGCAGGGCGGCGUCAGCGCGGCCGUCUCCUACCUCAUGUCCUUCGUCGGCGGCAGCUGGCGCAGCCCCGAGCAGCUGGAGGCGCAGGCGCCGCUCCUGCGGGGGGCGGCCGAGGGCGUCCAGGGGGCGCUGGCCGAGCUGCUGGAGUUCGCCCGGGGCGUCGUGGGCAGCGCCGCCCAGGCCUCGGACCGCUCGCUGCACGCCAAGCUCAGCAAGCAGGUGCAGAAGAUGGAGGAGGUGCGCCAGGCGCUGGUGCGGCACAGCCAGGCGCUGGACGGCUGCGGCUGGGCCCCCGGCUCCCCGGAGGACCUGGAGCAGCUGGUCAUGCACUCGCGGGGGGUCCCCGACGACACCAAGCAGCUCGCCUCCUUCCUGCACGGCAACGCCUCGCUGCUCUUCAGGCGGGCCAAGGCGCCCCCCGGGGAGGGCGCCGCCCCGGAGAAGGCCAGCAGCAUCCAGUCCCGGCCACUGCCCUCCCCACCCAAGUUCCUGGCCCAGGACUCGCCCGAGGGGCUGUGCGAGAGCAGCGAGGGCGGCUGGAUGGAGGACUACGACUACGUGCACUUGCAGGGCAAGGAGGAGUUUGAGAAGACCCAGAAGGAAUUGCUCGAGAAAGGCAACGUCAUUCGGCAGGGCAAGGGACAGCUAGAGCAGCAGCAGCUGAAGCAGUUUGAGCGCCUGGAGCAGGAAGUCGCGCGGCCGAUCGACCACGACCUGUCCAGCUGGACGCCCCCGCCGCACUGCGCCCCUGGGUGGGGGGGCUCCUCGCUGGGCCCCUCCGACCGGCAGCUGCUGCUCUUCUACCUGGAGCAGUGUGAGGCCAACCUGACCACGCUGACCAAUGCCGUGGACGCCUUCUUCACGGCCGUGAGCACCAACCAGCCCCCCAAGAUCUUCGUGGCGCACAGCAAGUUCGUCAUCCUGAGCGCCCACAAGCUGGUCUUCAUCGGGGACACACUCGCGCGCCAGGCCAAGGCCCCGGAGGUGCGCCACAAGGUCACGCACUACAGCAACCUGCUGUGCGACCUCCUCCGGGAGGUGGUGGCCACCACCAAGAGUGCCGCGCUCCACUACCCCUCCCCCGCGGCUGCCAAAGACAUGGUGGAGCGGGUCCAUGAGCUGGCCAGCAGCACGCAGCAGUUCCGGAUGGCGCUGGGCCAGCUGGUGGCCAUGUGACCGGCCCCGGCGGGGGUGUCCGUCAGCGCCCGCCCGCCGCGACGGACGGAGGUGCUUCGCCAGACACUCUGCUCGCGGAGCGAUGGGCCGGGGAGGGCGGGGGGGCCGGCAAUGCGGCUCCUCCCGUCCCUGCAGCACCUUCGCUGGCUGCACAGACGGCUGUGCCAACAGGUCCCGGAGCAUCCGGUGCAUUCCGUUCUGUUCCGUUCCCACCCUGGCCUGAGUGGGGGGACGUUGCUGGCCCCAGUGGCAGCCUGGCGGACAGCGGAAGUGGAGAAUGACUUUUCCUCGUUUGAUUCUACAGUUGUUUGGCUAAUGGGCUCUAUUUAAAUCAAAUAAAGAAGCAUAGAAUCCAAGCAGUUAGGAGGGAAAGAACCCA